AUGAAAUUGCAGACAGAUCCUCAGGGUCUCUGGGUCCCUCCACACAGUGUCGCUGCUCAGGAACAAGAUCGUUUCAAUGAGCUUUUUGGACCUUUUUUUCGCAUCGAGCAACUUAUUUUUUAUGUUGACGACACCAUUUCCGACUCAGAUGUGAAAUUUGAUGCUGCGACAUGUCAUGCGACUCAGGAUUUGGUCCAACGUCCUUUUUUGCUACAAAUGGCGCAAAUUCAGACUCAAAUUACAAAUUUUGUCCUCGAUAGCCACGAUGAUCAAAAUGUGUCCUUAACAUUAGAGACAUUUUGCUAUCGACCAGUUCAAGGGAAGGGGUGUUUAGUCACAAGUCCAUUUCAAUAUUGGUUAAGUAAUGCAACUUUACUUGCAACUGAUCCAGAUGUAAAGCUCACUACUGCUUGUCAGACAAUUGAUACAGAACUUGAAUCGUAUGCACCAUGUAUGGACCAAAAUGGUAUUCCAGUAAUGAGAAACGUGGUAUUUGGUGGAUUAUCAAAAGACGAUUGCCAUGAAAAUCCGGAUCCAUGUGGUGAAACGACACCUCAAGCCAAGGCCUUGAUUGUUACGUUCUUACUGUAUAAUCAUCCACAAAAUGAGACGUAUACACGAUACGUUGAGUUAUGGGAGAAAGAAGUAUUUCUCAAAAUUGCAGCACAAGCAGCUGAAUCGCUCAAACUUUCUGUGAAGAGAAAUAAGCGAAAGGAAUUUAGUUGGGACAGUGUGGAAGACCAAGAACUUGCAGAUACUAGUAUUCAGGGCAUGAGACUUGCAUACAUGGCUCAACGGUCAAUUGCAGACUCGUUGGUGGUACAGACUAACCAAAAUGCUUUUAUUGUCGUAAUGAGCUACGUCGUCAUGUUCUUCUACGUGUCCGCUUCACUGGGUGCAUUUAAAGAUCCAGUGCGCUCUCGUUUCGGACUCGGCUUUACUGGUAUACUGAUUGUACUACUGUCUCUGGGUGCUGCCAUAGGCGUGAGCUGCGCGAUACUACAAAUGGACGUGACGAUGAUCACGCUCGAAGUUGUGCCGUUUUUGGUGCUUGCUAUUGGUGUAGACAACAUGUUUAUCCUAACAAACGAGUUUGACCGAUUAUCAGGUCUGCGUGGACUUGGAAAGCUUGAUAGUAAACGCAAUACGCGUGAUCAAGCCGAGGACGAGUCAUUGAUGCUGAAACAGGUUAUGGGAGAAACGAUGGUGCAUGUGGGACCAUCAAUUGCUGUGGCAGCGAUUGCUGAAACACUCGCCUUCUUGGUGGGUGCACUCACUCGGAUUCCGGCGCUUACGAGCUUUUGUGUUGUCGCUGGGCUGGCGGUCGCAGCUAACUUUGUGCUUCAGAUGACAUGGUUUGCUUCAGCACUUGUGCUAGACUCACGCCGCGUGCGAGCUCGACGGUAUGAUUUGUUUCCAUGGAUUAAGCAAAAGGUAUCAUUCACACCGGCCGCCAAGGGAAAGAAAAGGAUUGAGUCCAGCAUUCACUAUCAGUAUGACUUGAUUGUCGAUGAUAAAGAUCUUGGUGAGGAAUUCUUGGCAAGCCCGAGUAGUAAUGCUGGAGUUAUCCAACGCUUCGUGGAAAAGACGUACAUUCCUAUCUUGUUGCGACGCUCUACAAAAGUACUGGUGCUUGUGACUGCCUUCUCGGUAACGAUGCUUAGUGCAUUUGGCUCAUCCAAGCUACCGCUUGGAUUAGAGCAAGAGCUUGCGGUACCUACAAACUUUUAUCUGCAUGAGUAUUUCAAGAAGCAAACAGCACUUGGUGAAGCCGGACCUCCAGCAUAUGUUGUUCUCGACAGCAGAGCUGACUAUACGGAUGCACGUCUGCAGCGGGAUGUGAACAUUUUACUAGACGAGCUUUCUGAUCUACAUCAGUACAUUGAGCUGCCCAUUUACUCGUGGCUGCACACGUUUAACCAAUGGCGCCAAAUGCGCUUUUUCCUGCAAGACAAGAUUGAUCAAGGCAUGUGCGAUUGCCCGACUCAACCCAUAAAUCCUUUUCCGUACGAGCUUGCAAACGUUGCGAUUGGAGAUGCGGCGAGCAACAUUUUCUUAGCUUCCGACUUUGGGUAUGGUGCUUUGGCUACAGCGAAUAUGACUCCAAAUGCGCUGUUUUACCCGUUGGUGAAGAAUUUCACGCGUAUUUCCAUUGACUCAUCCUGUUGUCAACAUUUUGGACUUUGUGGUGCUCAGUACGAAGGGGACAUUGUUUUCGACAACGACGAGGAUGACAAUGUGGCUAAUCUGACAAUUGUUGGUUCUCGGAUGCGCUUUCAGUUGAAUGCGAUGCGCAAUCAGACUAUGUUUGUGAAUUCGUAUUACUACUUACAUGAAGCGACUAGCCAGUGGAGCGCUGAUCGAGCCGCUACUGCAUUUCCAUAUGCUCUUGUGUUCGUAUUCGAAGAACAGUACACAUAUAUUCAAGGAGUUGCAUUGCAGAGUGUGCUGCUGGCUUUAGCAGUCGUCUUUGGGUGUGUGUUUGCGCUUACAAAUGGCAGCUUGCGAUUGACUACCGUUGUUACUCUGUGCGUGCUUUCAAUGGCCUUUUCGCAGUUGGGGUUCCUUUUCGUGUGGAACAUGUGGGCCGGACCUGGCGCUGAAACGUCCAUUAAUGCAGUCUCGGUGGUGAACCUUCUUGCCUGUAUCGGGCUUGGCGUCGAAUUUUGCGUGCAUAUGGCUCAUCAGUUUGCGCUCUCACGAGAACAUCACAUGGGAACAAGUGCCAACGACCACACGCGUCACGCUCUGACCAGCGUCGGUGCGUCGGUCUUCUCGGGCAUCACACUCACCAAAUUUUGCGGUAUUGGUGUGCUUGCAUUCGCGCCAUCCAUGUUGUUCCGCGUCUAUUUCUUUCGAAUGUAUAUGGGUAUCGUCGUGCUGGGCUGUUUUCAUGGUUUGGUCUUGCUGCCAGUGCUGCUUAGUCUCUUCGGGCAGCCCCAACAGUACCCGAACGAUCUCAGCUCAUUUUUGCUGUCCGAAGAAUGCGAUGACGAGUUUGAAGACGAAGUGAGCUUAUCCAGAAAUUAA